CAUGACCAUGCCACCUGAUCACCCCAAGUACCCAAAAGAUCUAUCAACAUAACUAUAAACCAGAAUAAGCAAAAGCAGCAGAAGUUUUAAUGAGCUGUGAAGUAAUUGAGACUUUGAAAACUCCAUAGCUGUUUAAAGCUUUCGAUCUAGAAUGGCAACUUUGCCUUCAAUUACCCUGAGUCCAUCAUCUUCAUCAUCUUUACAGCCUUAUUAUAUCUAUUCCUCGCUGCCAACGUUUUCUCCAAAACAUACUCUUGAUCACCAUCCCUGCUGGUUCAGAUCCCCGAGGCAAAGAUUGUCAUCAAAGUCUGUACCAAGAGGCCUGAGAAUCCGAAGUGCAGCCACAAAAACUGCAAAAACACCAGCUGAAGAAGACUGGAAGAUUAAGAGGGAGUAUCUGCUACAGAAAAAGGUAAGGAGUGUGGAUGUAAAGGAAGCUCUACGCCUUCAGAAAGAAAACAACUUUGUGAUUCUUGAUGUGCGGCCUGAAGCAGAAUUUAAAGAGGCUCAUCCACCAGGUGCUAUUAAUGUGCAAAUAUAUAGGCUUAUAAAGGAAUGGACAGCUUGGGACAUUGCCAGACGUGCUGCAUUUGCAUUUUUUGGUAUCUUCUCUGGUACAGAAGAGAACCCAGAGUUCAUGAAAACUGUGGAGUCAAAAUUGGAUAGAGAAGCGAAGAUUAUAGUAGCCUGCUCAUCUGGGGGUACGAUGAAACCAACUCAAAGUCUUCCAGAAGGUCAACAGUCAAGGUCACUGAUAGCAGCCUACUUGCUUGUCCUCAACGGUUAUACCCAUGUCUUCCACUUAGAAGGGGGCCUUUACACAUGGUUCAAAGAAGACUUGCCGACAGUUUCAGAAGAGUGAACAGCCAAAUGGUGCUUCCAGAUCAACUCAAUUUUUGUCCCCAAAUGAGAAUGUCAAUUACUUCACAUUGUUAUUGACUCUGCUUUUGUCCUAAAUUGAACUUCUCUAUAUGAAGAACGAUUGUCUCGUAUUGGAGGCUUUUUUGUGGAAGUAGAGUAGGAAAUUAUUAUAAGUGAAGAUAUCUCUCCUUUGGACCUAA